UCAUCGUAUAUAUAGACGUCGGAUACCGAUCCAUCGUCAGUUCAGUUAUCGUCGUCUAUUGGUUUUCAGAGACUUACGACUCCGAAUACAUACGCCAUACACGCUAUUUCGCACCAACAACAUGAAGAUGUUUUUAUUUAUUGCAUUUGUCGCUUUUGCGGCGGCUCAUCCGCAAGGUUAUGAAUCUGAAACGUCUUCUGGUUAUGGAUCUCCGACUACACCAUCUUCUCCUUCUUCACCUUAUCAAGGAAAUUUUGGUGGUUACCAAAAAUACCCUUCAGAAGUUUCAGCUUACUCAUCUGGAUCUCCAGCUGGAUAUCAAGGUAGUGGAGCUACUGGAUAUCAAUCCACUUCUGGAUCGUAUCAACAAUCAACUUCAGCACCUGCAUACAAGACUAAUGCAUUCUCUGGUUAUCAAUCUGGCGCAGGAUCUGGCGCACAGUCUGGCUACCAGUCCAGCGCCGCUUCUUAUCAGUCUACUCCAGCAAGCUCCCAAUACUCAAAAGUUGGACAGUCUGGCUACCAAUCUAGCGCUGGAUCUUAUCAAUCUGCGCCAGCUGCACCAUCAUAUUCGCAAAAUGCCCAGUCUGGUUAUCAAUCUGGUGCUAGUUCAUACCAAUCGGCUCCAGCAUCACCAGCAUUCUCUCAAGGCGCACAAUCUAAUUACCCAUCUAGUUCUGGGUCUUACCAAUCUGCAUCUCUAAAUUCACAAUUAUACUCUCAAGCUGGACAAUCUAAUUACCAGUCUGGCGCUGCAUCUUACCAAUCUAACGCUGCUGCUUCUUCUUAUCAAUCAACACCAGCUGCACAAACAUAUUCACAAAGCGCAAAAUCCAGCUAUCAACCUUCACCAGCAUCGUAUGGUUCAAAAUCGACUGCUGCGCCAUCAUACCAAUCAUCUGCACCGUCAUCACAAUACCAAUCACAAUCCUCUCAAUCAUCAUAUGGCCAACGUUCUCGUUCGAAGCCUGUAUCGUCUUCAUUAUACCAAAAAUCUGGAUCUGAAUACGAAAAUGUUAGGAGACCAAGUACUCCCGUUAGUGCACCUGCCGAUGCUUAUAACCCAGCUAGUAAUGGAUAUAACGCUUUUGCGCCAGGAAAUGUUGCUGGACCCGCCGAAGUUAUUCCUAUUCUAUCUCAGUCCAACCAACCAAAUCUUGGUGAUGGCUCUUACUCAUACAGUUACGAAACUGGCAAUGGUAUUUCGGUAUCAGAAUAUGGUCAACUUAAGCCAGGUGGCCCAGAAGGAAUUCAAUCUGUCUAUGGAUCUUUCAGCUAUCCGGGAGAAGAUGGAAAACUUAUUACAGUAACUUACACUGCUGAUGAAAAUGGAUUUGUUCCAAAGGGCUCUCAUUUGCCUACACCACCACCAAUACCCGCUGAAAUUCUUCAAUCGUUGGAACAGAAUGCUGCCGAAGAAGCUGCACAACAAGCAUAUCAACAACAACAGUCAACUUAUGGACAAAAUGGUGCUUCAUCUUCAUAUGGACAAGAAUCAGGAGCUUAUGGUCAGACACCUGCCCCUGGAUCUUAUGGACAAACAAAUGCUCCUGGAUCUUAUGGACAAACGUCUGGACCUAGCUCUUACGGACAAUCAUCUACUUUUGCUCCAAAACAGCCGAGCUAUCAGAAACCACAGGGCCCAUCUGGAUAUGGCGCGGAAGCUAAUGAACAAUCCUAUGGACAAUCUUCCUCCGCCAGCCAAUUGUACAAGUCACCACAAGGUUACCAAAGCCAAAGUGCAUCAGCUUACAAAAAGUCUCCCGGUACAUCGGCUUAUUAAAUAAAGUUAUGAUUUCAAUAAUUUAAAUUCAAAUAAUUUAUAAUAUUUUCAUAUAAUUUUUAUUUUUGUAUUUAAAUAAAAAUUUAUUUUUGUAUAAAUAACGCCUUGUAUAUAUGACACACAAUAUACACAACCACCUUUCUUUUUA